UCGUUCGAUUGGGCUUUCAACUAUAAGAGACUGCCGCUGACGAAAAAGGACCGCGAAAAUCCUACGAAACCGUUUCCAAGUCCUGUGAUGGCUGGAGGGUACUUCGCUAUCUCAACAAAAUGGUUCUGGGAGCUGGGAGGAUACGAUGAAGGUCUUGAUAUAUGGGGUGGUGAACAAUAUGAACUGAGUUUUAAGAUAAGUGGCGCUGUAUGUGGAAGUAUUUCAAAUCAUUUGGCUAUUCCAGUUGGACAUAUCUAUCGCUGUAAAUAUAUGCCAUUCAAAAAUGCCGGUAAAGGUGACUUCAUAAGCAGAAAUUACAAACGGGUAGCCGAGGUUUGGAUGGAUGAGUAUAAACAUAACCUUUAUAAACAUCGCCCAGGUGUUGGAGAUGCUGAUACUGAAUUACGCAACAAAGCGGCUAGAAUGUGUGUUGAUACACAGUUCAAGCAGUCUCAACAACGUUUCGGGCUCCGGAAGUGUAUAAGUGACGAUCCGAAUUCAGGUGGCGAACAGAAUCUUCGUAUUACUCGAUGGCACGACAUUCGCCCUGAAGGUCGCAAUGUUUGCUUUGACGUUUCUACAUCAGACGACAAAGCUCCUGUAGUGCUGUUUGAUUGUCACAGUCAGAAAGGCAAUCAGCUGUUCAAAUAUCGCAUAGAGACGCAAAUGAUUUAUCAUCCAGUUUCAAACCAGUGCUUAACCGCAGAGACAGAUGGAUCUGGUUUUGUUUUCAUGCGUAAAUGUGACAACGAUUCACCUAAUCAAAAGUGGACGUGGCAGGUUUUGGACGAAAAGUUGCUUAAUGAGCGGCAAAAUGCAGAACCAUUAGAAGAAGAGUAA